CUCAAGUGCAGAGCCAUCUUGUGCUUGAAGCGAUGGCGAAGCCGUCUGACAUCGUUGGAUGGUAUGAUUUAAGUUGGUCGGGAGGCAGCUUUCCGAUUUGCUUCAGACCGGCCGGAGUCUUCUUUUGUCCGAAGUUUCAACAACCUUCGAGGUGGGAGCUAGAAGGAGACAUUGUGAAGAUAGACUGGAAAAGAUUUGGAAAGUAUGAGUUGAAAUUUGAUGCAGAGACCAAGUCCAUGGAUGGGAAUGCAGUCCCAAAGUCCGAUGAUGAGAAGAACUGGCGCAAGGCCGCCUUUAGUCGGGAGCUAUCUCCGCUUGAGGUGCUGACGUUUCAAGAAGCAUAUAGCAACUUCACGGUCUCACUGGUUGAAGUGUCAAGCCUUCAGGCCCUCCUCCUGGGAGAUGGUGCUGGUUCAGAAUGGGAUUUUGAAUGGUCAGGAGGCAAAUUUCCAGUAAAGUUCAAGGCUGAUGGCUACAACCACUUCCAGUGUGAUGAAUUUCCAGCUCAUGCGCACUGGUCUUUGGAUGGAGACAAGCUGACAAUCAACUGGGCUGACUAUGGCACCUACGACAUGACGGUGAACAUUGCAGAAUCAACCAUGGAAGGAUGUAUGAGAGGGGGAGAAGCCAAAGACUGGCGAAAGGCCCAAUUUCUGCGCAAGCUAGUGGAUACCACAUCCGUGGCCUGUGAACAUCACUGACCAGCUAGCUCAGCAGAACUUGAGGGGUGGUUUUGUGCAAGACCCACGUGCGACACGAAAAAGGUG